CAGUUGUGAUUGACCCCUCCCUGUGCAUAUUUAGACAUUUUGUGCACUGCAGAGGACAACAUUUAAUGUUUUCGCAACAUCAUGGAGUUGUCUGUCACGUUGAUUUUAGCGGCUCUUCUUCUUGCUUUGCUGUGGCUGAAGAAGCGAAAACACGCAUGUUUACCUCCAGGACCGUCUGCUCUGCCUGUCAUAGGGAACCUGCUGCAGAUGGACAAGAAAGCUCCGUUUAAAACCAUGCGACAGCUCAGUGAAAGCUACGGCCCGGUGGUGACUGUGUACCUGGGCUGGCAGCGUGUGGUGGUCCUGGUGGGCUACGAUGCUGUGAAGGAGGCUCUGGUGGACCGAGCAGAUGACUUUGUUGGCAGAGGACCUGUUCCUUUUCUGUAUAAAGCUACUAAGGGCUAUGGUUUGGCUAUCAGUAAUGGAGAGCGCUGGCGGCAGUUGCGGCGUUUCACCCUGACAACGUUAAGAGAUUUCGGGAUGGGACGCAAGGGGAUGGAGGAGUGGAUCCAGGAGGAGAGCAAACAUCUGGUGGCCCGCAUAAAUGAUACCAAAGCUGCACCUUUUGAUCCCUACUACUUCUUGAGCUGCACCGUGUCCAACGUGAUCUGUUGUCUGGUGUUUGGUCAGCGCUUCAGCUACGAUGACGACCGAUUCCUGUCCCUUCUGCAGAUGAUCAACGAAGUCCUGUUAUUUAUCAGCAGUCCCUUGGGUCAGCUGUAUAAUAUCUUCCCUUGGCUGAUAGAACGGUUGCCAGGGAAACAUCACACAGUUUAUGCCAAAAUCUUGAAGCUGAGAGAGUUUACCAUGAAAAAGAUCCGGGAACACGAGGACACACUGGACCCGAGCUCACCCAGAGAUUACAUCGACUGCUUCCUUAUGAGACUCAAUCAGGAAAAGCACAUUUCUACAACCGAAUUCCACCAUGAAAACUUGGUGUCAACAGUGUUGAAUCUGUACCUGGCAGGAACUGAAACGACGAGCUCAACUAUCAGAUAUGCACUCGGUGUGCUGAUCAAGUACCCUCAAACACAGGAGAACAUGCAGCAGGAGAUUGAUACUGUGAUUGGAAAGGAGCGUUGUCCUUAUAUGGAGGACAGGAAGUCCCUCCCCUUCACAGAUGCAGUCAUCCAUGAAAUUCAGCGUUUUAUGGAUAUCGCCCCCUUGAACGUCCCUCACUACGCCCUGCAGGACAUCUCCUUCAGAGGGUACACAAUCCCCAAGGGUACAAUCAUUCUUCCCUUGCUGCAUUCGGUGCUGAGAGAGGAGAAACAGUGGGAGACGCCUUGGUCCUUCAACCCACAACACUUCCUGGACCAGAAUGGAAACUUUAAGAAAAAUCCUGCGUUCCUGCCAUUCUCUGCAGGAAAGAGGUCUUGUGUCGGAGAGUCCCUCGCUCGCAUGGAGAUUUUCCUCUUCCUGAUAUCACUUCUGCAGCGUUUCACCUUUUCCUGCCCUGGAGGACCGGACAGUGUGGAUCUCAGCCCCGAGUUCAGCAGCUUCCUCAGUGUGCCUCGCAAGUACAAGAUCAUUGCAAACCCCCGGUAGAGGUAGUGAUACUUUACAGCACUGUUCUGUGUUUUCAAACUUUCUUCUGGCACAUAAUGUCAAGAUGUAGAAAAUUAAAACAAAAUCCAUGUUAUCUACUAUGGUAAUCCAUAAGAACAUGCUCAUCAUUGCUUUAAAACAAUGUUACAAGUAUUCCCAUCAUGAUUACAUUAAUGCUGCUACAGUGUAUUACACCUCAGUCUACUGAGUGAAAUAUCAAAAAUACAAUUCUAUUGCAAGCCGUUCAGGAAAUUAUGAAAAAUAUGGAUUCAAAACCUGAGAAUAUAUAUAUAUAUAUAUAUAUCUAUAUCAGGUUUUGAAUCCAUAUAUAUAAUCAUUUCCUGAACGGCUUGGCAUACAAUUGUUAUAUUUAAACUUCAAAUGUAAAAUUUUGAACAUAUUUUCAAUGAGAUUCUCAGUAACUAAUGUCAAAUGUUCUCUGUUUAGUUGACAGUUAAAGCUUUUACCAAAUGCUAACGUGCCAAAGACUAAAAAAAUGUUACCUGCCUUUAAUGUCACAAUGGUAUUUUCUCUUUUUCUUGACUUGUUGAGUUAAGCUACAACAACAACCCAGAACACACAGUGAAUACAACCUAAAUUUCCUAUAUCAGUAAUAAUCCAAAAUGUUCCCAGAAAGCAGAUAAAGGCUCUGAUUGUCUUAUUUGUGUAUAACUGAUAUGAAAACUGGAAAUGGCAAAAAAAAUAAAAAAAUAAAAAAAAAUAAAUAAAUGAAUAUAUAUAAAUAAAUAAAUAUAUAUAUAUAUAUAUAUAUAUAUAUAUAUAUAUACAUAUAUGUUAUAAUAAUAAAAACAACCCUGCAAGAAUAUAAAGUUGAGUCCUGCAGCUCUUCAUAUUCAUAUAUUGACAUAUAACUCACAUGCAGUCAUUGACAUGAUUGACAGCUGCGUUUUAGACUAACUCCGCUCUGAUUGGUUAUUUGUUUUCGUUCAGGUGGUGAAAUCUUGCCAAUGCUAUUAGGAGCACUUGGAAGAGACACAGUAAUUUUUUUCACAGAUUAUCUGUUCCCAUGUAUUACUUAUUCAGGGUACAGUGAAAGUUUGAGGAACACAUAUUCAACUUUAAUUAGUUGCUUAUUAGCAUGUGAAUAGUAACAUAUUGGCUCUUAAUUAGUCAUUAUUAAGUAGUUAUUAAUGCCUUAUUCUGCAUGGUCUUAUUAUACAACCAGUAAGAC